AUGGCAUGCUCACAUGCAAAGGUGGAGAGCAGUGACGUCUGUAGUUUCCUAAUUUAUUAUGGUCACAUUACCAUUCUUAAGUUUCUGAUUGAUCUGAUUGUUAGUCAUAAUGAGUCACCAGAUUUGAUGUUUGGUGAAAUUGAUGAUCAAGUUAAGUAUUUGAUAAUUGCCUGCUACAAUGGCGAUCGACUGUUAAUUGAUUUUGUCCUUAAAUUCAUGAAAAGGGAAGUAUUAGAUAUGUACAGAAAAUCAUUAUGUGAUCUUUCUCAGAAAGAACUACAUGCGAUAGCAAAUCGGUUAUUUCGAUCGCAAUCUAUUUGUCUACCAAAGGAAUUUGCUAAUGCUGAGUGUCUAGAUGAACCUUAUAAUGCCCUUAAAAUAUGUGAUACGUACAGUCAUGACGUGAAGCAUCUUGAUGAAACUUUCCCAUCAGGUCACUUAUCUAUUGCAUUGAAAAAAAAUGAUUAUGGAAUUACAAUAAACAAAUCUAAUGAAUUUAGCGAGUCACAUUUGGCAGCUACUUUGAUAUCAGAUCACACAUUUGAUGAAGAGAGUCAAGUUGAGAAUGAUGCGGACAUAAAUAAAAAUGGAAACUUGGGCGAGUCACUACCGUUUGUCGCUGCUUUGGAAUCUAAAAAAUACACCGCUGUUGAGAAAUUAUUCGAUCAGGGCAUUGAAAUCAGUGAAUGCGAUAAAUAUUGCGAGUCGCCACUGUUCGCUGCUUCAAAAUCAGGACAUUUGACUGUUGUUGAGAGAUUAAUCGAUCGUGGUGCUAACGUUAACCAAUGUGAUAGAUACGGUAGGUCGCCACUAUAUGCUGCUUCACAAUCUGGGCAUUCAGCUGUUGUUGAGAAAUUGAUCAAUUAUGGCGCUGAUAUUAAUCAAUGUGAUGACUACGGCACGUGCCCUUUAUUUGCUGCUUCAAAAUCUGGACAUUUAUAUGUUGUAGAAAAACUUAUCGAUUGUGGCGCUGACAUUCAUCGAUGUGAUGGAUCUGGUCGGAAGUCGCCAUUGUUUGCUGCUUCUCUAUCUGGACAUACAACUGUUGUGGAGACACUGAUUAAAUGUGGAGCUGACAUCAAUCAAUGUGAUAAAUUUGGCAAGUCACUACUAUUUGCUGCUUCACAAUCAGGGCAUUUAACUGUUGUGGAAAAACUAAUUGAUAAUGGCGCUGAGAUCAAUCAGAAGGAUUUAUCUGGUAGGACGCCACUGCAUGCCGCUGUAAAAUCUGGACAUUUAUCAAUUGUUCAAAAAUUGAUAAAUCAUUCCGCUGAAAUCAAUCAAUGCAGCGUGUUCUGUGGGUCACCAUUGAUGGCUGCUUCACAAUCAGGUCAUUUCGCUAUUGUUGAGAAACUGCUUGAUCAUGGCGCUGAUGUUAACCAAUGUGAUAAAUUUGGCAGGUCAUCACUAUUGGCUGCUUCACAAUCUGGGCAUUUACCUGUUGUGGAGAAAUUGGUCGAUUGUGGCGCUGCUAUCAAUCAAUGUGAUGAUUGCGGCAUGUCUUCUCUUUUCGUUGCUUCAAGAUCAGGGAAUUUAAAUGUAGUUGAAAAACUAAUCGAUUGUGGCGCUGAUAUACAUCAAUGUGAUAAAUAUGGCAUGCAACCAUUGUUUGCCGCUUUACAAUUUGGUCAUAUAUCUGUUGUAAAGAAACUAACUGAACGUGGAGCUAACGUCAACAAAAGUGAAAAAUUCGAUGCUGUUUCAAAAUCUGCACAGGCUAAAUUGACUGAGCGUGAAGCUGACACCAAUCAUUCUGAAAAAAAUGUCAAUUCGUCACUAAAUGGUGCUACAACAUCUGUACAUAUGACUGUCAAAGAGAAAAUGAUUGAGCAAGUACCUGACAUCAUUCAUUCAGAUCAAAAUGUCAAGUUGUCACCAACUGUUUCUUCAGAAUUUAAAAAAUUGUCUGUUAGAGAGGAAAUUAUCGAGCGAGGAGGAGAAGCUAAUACAUGUAUCAAUACUUCCGGUAAAAUUUUCAACUCCCCACAAAAUGAUGCUUCAAAAUCUGCACAUAUAACUGUUAAAAUGAAAAUGAAUGAGCAUGGUACUGAUAUCAAUCAUUCUGAUAAAAUUAUCAAUUUGUCACUAAAUGCUGCUUCAAAAUCUGCACAUAUGACUUUUAAAGAAAAAACAUUUGAGCAUGGAACUGUCAUCAAUAAUUCUGAAAAAAAUGCCAAGUUGCCACUAAAUGCAGCUUCAAACUCUGCAUAUAUGCAUGUUAAAGAAAAAAAGAUUGAGCAUGUACCUGACAUCAAUAAUUCUGAUAAAUAUGUCAGAUCGACACGAAUUAAUACUUCAGAAUCUGCACGUAGGACUGUCAAAGGGGAAGUAAUUGUGCAUGGACCUAAUAUCAUUCAUUCUGAUCAAAACGUCAAGUUGCCACUAAAUGCUGCUUUAAAAUCUGCACAUAUGACCGUUGAAGAGAAAUUGUUUGAUCACGGGGCUGAAUUGAAAAAAUCUUACAGUUAUGGCAAAAUCUCAUUGUAUGGUGUAUUUAAAUCACGAAAUAGGAUUUCUGUAGAGUCACAGACCCAACAUGGUGGAACUUGGGACGAUAGUGCAAUUGUAAAGCAAUACCAGGGAAUAAACAAAUCGGAGACAGACAAAGAAGGGGAACCUGUUAUUCAUUUGGAAUGUUUAAAUGAAAAGACACGUAGCCCGGAGUUCUGUGAAACAAAGACUCAGUUGGUGAAAUCCCCUUAUGAUUCAAAAACAAUUUCAUAUAAUUACAUCACUCCUCGUGCUCGAAAAAUCAGAAAAUGA